GAUGUGGUAAAUUGUUUAAUAAAAAAAAUUUUCGUAUUUUGCGCAUUCUAACAUAUCUAACUAAGGUUCGCGACAUAUAGUGUAUUACUUUAAAAUAUUUGAGAUUUUUGUACCGAUAAAAGGAGACAUACAAAUUUUUGUUUAUUUUUGUUGAAUAUAUAUCCAUAACUUACCGAUAAAGUGCGCAGUAGAUACAUUGACUUAGGUUGUAUUUAAAAACAAGUCAGUCUAAUUAUAUAGUUUUCCCUACUAAGAACUGAGCCUUCUGCAAAAGAAUGAAGUUGUUGUUAAUAUUUGCAUUUUUAAUGUUUGCUAUUGUGGAAAUAUAUACAGAUGAGCCGUGCGGUCAAAAUGAAAUAUGGGGAGGAUGCUACGAUGCAUGUUGUAAUCCAGAACCAUCUUGCGAAAUAAGGAUACCAAUCGCAUGUGGAAUUGUAUGCCCUAUUCCAUGCCGUCCAAAUUGCGUUUGUAAACCAGGAUAUUUUAGGAAGAGAUGGAAUGGACCAUGUGUAUCAAGUUGUUAAUUAUUAACUACAAACAGUUGUGUAUAUUGUUUAAAGAAAUUGUUCUUUUGUUUCUCGUUUACAGCUACUAAAAUAAUACAUAUAAUGCCUUCCAAACCAAAUAUAUCUUUCUUUUAAUUAAAA